AUGAAAGCAAUGUCUCAUCAUUAUGUGGUAACGGCACACAAGCCUACAGCAGUCACCGCGUGUGUGACAGGUAAGUAGAAGUGUUUGUACGAAAAAAAAUUGUAUGCUCUUCAUCAACAAUUAUUUUCUUUUUACGUAUGAAGGUAAUUUUACUUCGCCUACGGAUUUAAAUCUCAUAUUAGCGAAAAAUGUCCGAUUAGAGAUAUAUCUUGUUACACCAGAAGGUUUGAGACCACUGAAAGAAGUUGGAAUUUAUGGAAAGAUCGCAGUUGUUAAAUUUUUUAGACCGCCGCAUGAGAAGAAAGAUCUGUUGUUUCUUUUGACCACUCGUUACAAUGCCAUGAUUUUGGAAUGUAUUGGAGAAGGAGAAAAUAUAGAAAUCAUAACGAAAGCGCAUGGGAAUGUGGCAGACCGUAUUGGAAAAGCUUCUGAAACAGGAAUCAAAGCUGUGAUUGAUCCCAAAGCACGUGUAAUUGGCUUAAGAUUGUACGAUGGCCUUUUUAAAAUUAUACCUCUUGAUAAAGACAAUCCGGAAUUGAAAGCAUCGUCGAUACGUAUGGAAGAGCAUCAAGUGCAAGAUGUGAAUUUUCUCCAUGGAUGUGCAAAUCCUACAUUGAUUCUAAUUCAUCAAGAUAUUAACGGAAGACAUGUCAAAACACAUGAGAUUUCUUUGAGGGACAAGGAAUUUGUUAAAAUACCAUGGAGGCAAGAUAAUGUAGAACGCGAAGCUAUGAUAGUCAUUCCAGUACCUUCCCCUAUAUGUGGUGCAAUAAUAAUAGGUCAGGAAAGCAUAUUAUACCACGAUGGGAAUACGUAUGUUGCAGUUGUGCCUCCAAUUAUAAAACAGAGUACUAUUACAUGCUAUGCGAAAGUUGAUAACCAAGGACUUCGAUAUUUGUUAGGAGAUAUGGCUGGACACUUGUUUAUGUUAUUUGUGGAGCAAGAAAAGAAACCAGAUGGUACGCAAGUUGUGAAGGAUCUCAAAGUUGAACUUUUGGGAGAAAUUAGCAUACCUGAAUGCAUUACAUAUUUAGACAAUGGAGUAAUAUUUGUUGGUAGCAGACUGGGUGAUUCACAGCUAGUUAAGUUAAUUACAAAAGCAGAUGAGAAUGGUUCCUAUUGUGUCCCAAUGGAGACUUUUACUAAUUUGGCACCGAUAGUUGAUAUGGCAGUAGUUGAUCUUGAAAGGCAAGGUCAGGGACAGAUGGUUACAUGUUCUGGUGCUUUUAAGGAAGGCUCCCUUAGAAUUAUUAGAAAUGGCAUAGGAAUUGAAGAACAUGCGAGCAUAGAUUUGCCAGGUAUCAAAGGUAUGUGGGCAUUAAAAAUUGGUGGUGGUAUUUAUGAUAACACUUUGGUGUUAUCUUUCGUUGGACAAACCAGAAUUUUGACUUUGAAUGGAGAAGAAGUCGAAGAAACAGAUAUUCCAGGCUUUGUUGCUGAUGAACAAACCUUUCAUACCGGUAAUGUUACAAAUGAUUUAUUUAUUCAGAUCACACCAACAUCUGCUAGGUUAAUCUCGUACGAAACUAAAACAGUCGUUUCUGAAUGGGAGCCAGAAAAUAAGAGAACUAUCAGUGUGGUCGCUUGCAACGGCACACAGGUACUUUGUGCCACUGGAAAUGACUUAUUUUACAUGGAAAUUUCGUGCGGACGGAUUGUACCAAAAGGAUUUGCUACUUUGCAAUAUGAAGUUGCUUGUUUAGAUAUAUCUCCAUUGGACGGUCAUACUGAAGCGAAAAUCGCCGCAGUAGGCUUAUGGACGCAUAUUUCUGUUCGCAUCUUAACUCUACCCGCCUUAGAAGAAAUUAACAAAGAAUUACUUGGUGGUGAAAUUAUACCUAGGUCUAUUUUGAUGACGUGUUUCGAAGGUAAUACAUAUCUACUUUGUGCUCUCGGCGAUGGCAGCAUGUAUUACUUUACAUUACACAAACAGAAUGGUAUGCUUUCUGACAAGAAGAAAGUUACCCUGGGCACGCAGCCAACGGUCUUGCGGACUUUUAGAUCAUUGUUCACCACUAAUGUUUUCGCAUGUUCCGACAGGCCUACUGUAAUUUAUUCGUCAAAUCACAAACUAGUAUUCAGCAACGUCAAUUUGAAGGAAGUAAAUCACAUGUGUUCUCUGAAUGCAGAAUCAUAUCCGGAUAGUUUAGCGUUAGCAACCGACAGCACGGUGACAAUUGGGACAAUCGACGAAAUUCAAAAACUACACAUCCGUACUGUUCCACUCGGAGAGUCACCGAGACGAAUUGCUUAUCAAGAGAGUUCCCAAACAUUUGGAGUAAUAACGAUGCGCGUUGACAUCCAGGACAGUAGUGGUGUUAGUAUUGUAAGACAUUCCGCAUCUACGCAAGCAGCCUCCACAUCCAGCAGCAGUCACAUUGCAUCGUACAACAAACCUACGGGACACACAGCUAGUGACAUUUGUCAAGAAAUCGAAGUACACAAUCUACUCAUCAUUGACCAACAUACUUUCGAAGUUUUACAUGCACACAUGUUAAUGCCCACUGAAUAUGCAUUGUCAAUGAUAUCGACGAAAUUAGGCGAAGACCCGACUUCCUACUAUAUCGUUGGGACCGCUCUUGUCCAUCCUGAUGAAACUGAGCCAAAAAUGGGUAGAAUACUUUUGUACCACUGGAGCGAUGGAAAGCUGACGCAAGUUGCAGAAAAAGAGAUCAAAGGAUCAUGUUAUUCUUUAAUUGAAUUCAAUGGGAAGCUUCUUGCUAGUAUUAACAGUACUGUUCGUUUGUUCGAGUGGACAGCAGAAAAAGAGCUCAGAUUAGAAUGCAGCCAUUUCAACAAUAUCAUUGCCCUUUAUUUGAAAACCAAAGGAGAUUUCAUUUUGGUUGGAGAUCUUAUGAGGUCUCUCACGUUACUGCAGUAUAAAACUAUGGAGGGCUGUUUCGAAGAAAUAGCAAGAGAUUAUAAUCCAAAUUGGAUGACUGCCAUUGAAAUAUUAGAUGAUGACACUUUCUUGGGUGCUGAGAAUUGUUUCAAUCUGUUCGUUUGUCAGAAAGAUAGUGCCGCCACUUCUGAAGACGAGAGACAACAGAUGCAGGAAGUUGGACAAUUUCAUUUAGGCGAUAUGGUUAACGUUUUCCGACAUGGGUCGUUGGUGAUGCAAAAUUUAGGCGAGUCAAGUACACCCACGCAAGGUUGUGUACUGUUUGGAACUGUUAGCGGCGCGAUUGGUUUAGUUACGCAAAUUCCAUUCACAUUUUACGAGUUCUUGAGAAAUCUUGAAGACAGGUUGACGAGCGUAAUAAAAAGUGUUGGCAAAAUAGAACACAACUUCUGGAGGAGUUUCAACACCGAAUUAAAAAUCGAGCAGUGUGAAGGCUUUAUUGAUGGAGACUUGAUCGAGAGUUUUCUCGACUUGAGUCCCGAUAAAAUGGCAGAAGUUGCAAGUGGUCUUAUGGCAAGUAAACUUGUUUUUUAAACUAUAAUAUGUAAUUCAUCGUAUUUUUAACUUAUUUUCUCGCAUUUUACAGAUCGACGAUCCUAGUGGAAUGAAAAAAGAGGCAACAGUGGAUGAUCUUGUAAAAAUAGUAGAAGACCUUACGAGAAUACAUUAG